UAGGUAGGCAGAAUGCCAAACGCUUCUCCAAGUAAGGCCUUGCAAUCGCAUUAGCCUAUCCCAUUCUUACAUGUUCUUCCCUUUCUCAACCCCCAAAUCCCCAUUUCUCCCUCAGAAUUCCCUUAAACCCUCGCUUCCUUCCAUCUUUUGCUGUUUUCGAUGUCAAUGCCUUCUAUUUUCGCGCCUUCCUCUCAUUUUCGCCUCCCAAUUUCACAUUCGAAGCCGUCUCGCUAUUCCAGAACCUCAAUUUUCUUAUCCCUCGAUUAUCGGUGCCGUAAAUCCAUCAAUGCACCCUAUAGAGGCACUUUCCGACGAUCACUGCAAAUCUGCUCUUCUUCGUCUGAUGGCGCGUCUGGUUCGGUUCCCGCUGAUAGCGAUAACACUCCCAGUAACUUCUGUAUCAUAGAGGGACCGGAGACCGUUCAGGAUUUUGUUCAGAUGCAAUUCCAGGAAAUCCAAGACAACAUAAGGAGUCGUCGUAACAAAAUUUUUCUUCUAAUGGAAGAGGUUAGAAGAUUACGAAUUCAACAACGCCUAAAGACUCUAAGAGUUACUGGUGAGAAUGACAAUGAAGAGGCGAAUGAAAUGCCCGAGAUUCCAUCAUCUAUCCCUUUUCUUCCCCACGUGACAGCAAAGACGCUGAAGCAGCAAUAUUUAACCAGCUUAUUGGUUAUGUGGGGAAUAAUUGUCUUUGGUGGCCUUAUUGCCCCAACUCUGGAGCUAAAAUUGGGAUUAGGUGGAACUUCGUACGAAGAUUUCAUCCGCAACGUGAAUUUGCCUAUGCAAUUAAGUCAAGUGGAUCCCAUUGUGGCGUCAUUUUCUGGUGGAGCUGUAGGUGUCAUUUCGGCCUUGAUGUUCGUUGAAGCUAGCAACGUUGGCAAACAAGAGAAAAAAAGGUGCAAAUAUUGUCAUGGAACUGGCUACUUGGCCUGCGCCCGAUGUUCAUCGAGUGGUGUAUGUGUAAGCGCUGACCCCAUCUCACUGUCUGCAUCCUCUUCAAGCCGCCCUCUACGGGUGCCCAAAACUCAAAGAUGCCUCAAUUGUUCCGGUGCAGGAAAGGUAAUGUGCCCAACAUGUCUGUGUACUGGGAUGUUGAUGGCAAGUGAGCACGACCCAAGAUUCGACCCAUUCGACUAAGGCUAAACUUGUAAGUUUCUUUCAUAUCUAUACUCUCUAAUUAUAAAAUUCCAAAUGUAUUUUAUCUUUCAAUUAUUUGCAAAUCCAUUACGUAAUAUAAUCUUAUUUGUUUUUUA